CAGGCAUCAAAAUUCGUGUGGCCAACAGACACCCACGGAUAAAAGGAAAUAUGUCAUACCGGAUAAAACAAACGUUCGAUCCGAGUUCAACCCAUGAGCGACUCGUAGUCUAUAUGUGUUCGAACCGAUAGAAUUCUCCAUUCUUCAUUCUUCAGCAAUGGAGACUCUCCUAACACUUAACCCAUUAAAACCCCAUACCCAUCUCCUCAAAUUCCCCAAUUCCCGGACUUGCAGUCGCAUCAUCAACCAUAGGUGUUUGUAUUCCACUAUUUCUUGUAAGCUCACAUCCCAAUCCUCUAAAGAUACCACCAAGAACAAGGUUGUGAUCCCUGGUGCAGCACCGUCUUUGUCGGAGGAAAAUGAGAACGGUGCAGCACCACCGCCUCCGCCUGCGGCGGAUUCCCGGCCAAAGAAGACCGGUGGGGUGGUUCUGAAAAGAUUGACGAAAAGGGUUUUGUCAGUUCUUGCUAAUUUGCCUCUGGCUCUUGGUGAGAUGUUCGCCGUUGCUGCUUUGAUGGCUUUGGGCACCGCAAUAGAACAAGGCGAGGCUCCGGAAUUUUAUUUCCAAAAGUACCCCGAAGAUAAUCCGGUUCUAGGGUUCUUUACAUGGAGAUGGAUCCUAACACUAGGGUUUGACCACAUGUUUUCAUCACCGGUUUUCCUUGGAACCCUAAUUCUCUUAGGAGCUUCUCUCAUGGCUUGCACAUACACAACACAAAUUCCCAUGGUCAAAGUAGCAAGAAGAUGGUCUUUUGUACACUCGUCUAAAACAAUCCGAAAGCUGGAGUUCGCCGAUUCUCUCCCCAAAGCAUCAAUUCAAGAUUUAGGCGUCGUUUUAUCAGGAGCCGGAUAUGAGGUUUUCAUGAAAGGGCCAUCUUUAUAUGCAUUUAAAGGGUUAGCGGGUCGAUUUGCUCCAAUUGGUGUGCACUUGGCUUUACUUUUGAUAAUGAGCGGUGGAACUCUUAGUGCAACCGGUAGUUUUAGAGGUUCUGUAACUGUUCCACAGGGCUUGAAUUUUGUUAUGGGAGAUGUAUUAGGGCCAAAUGGGUUCCUUUCUAAACCAACUGAAGCUUUUAACACCGAGGUUCAUGUCAAUCGCUUCUACAUGGACUAUUAUGAUAGUGGAGAGGUUUCACAGUUCCACACGGAUCUUUCUUUGUUUGAUAUUGAUGGGAAGGAAGUGAUGAGGAAAACGAUAAGUGUGAAUGAUCCGUUAAGAUAUGAAGGAGUAACGAUAUACCAAACAGAUUGGAGCAUUUCUGCACUUCAAGUACUUAAAGACGAUGAAGGCCCUUUCAAUUUAGCUGUUGCGCCUUUGACUGUUAAUGGAGAUAAGAAGCUUUAUGGAAGCUUUCUCCCCAUUGGAAAUACCGAUUCUCCAAAUGUCAAGGGAAUAUCGAUGCUGCUUCGUGAUCUUCAAUCGGUUGUGUUAUAUGAUCCCGAAGGGAAGUUUGCUGGGGUUCGUAGGCCUAACUCCAAGCUUCCAAUCGAAAUCGAUGGCACAAAAAUUGAAAUUGUAGACGCAAUUGGGAGUAGCGGCCUUGAUAUGAAGACCGAUCCUGGUGUCCCGAUUGUUUAUGCUGGAUUUGGUGCGUUAAUGCUUACAACUUGCAUAAGUUAUCUAUCCCAUACACAGAUAUGGGCAUUACAAGACGGAACGACGGUGGUUGUUGGCGGCAAGACUAACCGAGCCAAGAUUGAGUUCCCGGAGGAGAUGAACCAAACAAGAUGGUUUGAUUUAUUGGAAUACACAGAUACGCGGCUCGAUUCUUUGAAGAAUGUCGAAUUUCAUGGGGGAAUGUAG